AUGGCUGCGAGUAAAACAUUUGGUUUGAAACCUGUGAAAUUUCAACUGGAGCAAGCAAGCGAAUGGUUCAUGAUUGGAUCAGAGGUUGGAAAUUACCUCCGCAUGUUCCGGGGCUCACUGUAUAAAAAGUACCCAUCCCUGUGGAGACGGUUGGCGACAGUCGAGGAGAGGAAGAAGAUUGUUGCCUCAUCACAUGAUCAUGGCUACACGACACUGGCCACUAAUGUCACCUUGUUACGUGCAUCGGAAGUGGAGGAGAUUCUGGAAGGAAAUGAUGAGAAAUACAAGGCGAUCUCAAUCAGCACGGAGCCUCCAACCUACCUCCGGGAACCAAAAUCCAAGCGGAGCAACCAAUGGGUGCCCACUCUGCCCAACAGCUCGCACCACCUGGAUGCAGUACCCUGCUCGACUGCCAUCAACAGGAACCGAAUGGGACGAGACAAGAAGAGGGUCUUCCCUCUGUGUUUCGAUGACCAUGAUCCAGCUGUCAUCCACGAGAAUGCAGCCCAGCCGGAGCUCCUGGUGCCCAUUCGGCUGGACAUGGAGAUCGAUGGGCAGAAACUGCGAGACACCUUCACCUGGAACAUGAAUGAGAAGCUGAUAUCGCCCGAGAUGUUUGCUGAGAUCCUGUGCGACGACCUGGAUUUGAACCCGCUGAACUUUGUUCCGGCUGUGGCCUCGGCCAUUCGACAGCAGGUGGAGUCUUACCCCAUGGACAGCAUCCUGGAGGACCAGACUGACCAGAGGGUCAUCAUCAAGGCAAGUUCCACCCUUGCGCCUCAGCUCUGCCUGCACCUGUCAUAG